UCACUUGUCCUCGUGUCUCUCUCUCUCCCUUUUCUCCCUAUUGUUCUUAUUUUCGUUUCAUUUUCCCCAAUCUCAAAUCACCCUCGGAAAAGAACCCUAAAUUCCACAACAAUUUGAUCACCCCUUGAAUUCCUCAAUGAACCGAAUACUGUGAUUUCUAUUCGAGAAUUUCAGAAUUAGAUUGUUCGAAUCUUAGGGUUUUGGGAGAAUGGGCAAAAACGAGGACGAUUUGCAGCUAUCGAUUUACAGGCCGCUGAAAUUCACCGGCGGGUGUUUGGAAAUCCGCCUCUUCUACGUCCGAAUCGCCUCCUGCGCGGUGGAAAACCUCCCGGACCAGCUGAAGCUCCGCCACCUCCGGCGGGAGGUGGGCGUUUCCUUGGAAAUCAACGGCAAGCGUAUCCCCUCUUCCGACGCCGUCUCCAUCACUCUCCGCCGCGAUCGCGUCAACAAGGACUCGUCCGAGGUGACCUACGUGAGCACCGAUAGCGUCAGGAUAUCGGGCCCCGCGGAAUUCGAGGUGUGCGAGGAGAGGGAUGAUUUGGAUUUGAUUCUAUGUGGCUCGUUGGAGAAGGCUGAUGCGUGGAGCAAUGAGAGCGCGUUGGAUAACGAUUCGAAAUCGGGGUGGAGUAUCGAGUGCUAUGCUGCGACGCCUAUCACGAAUAAGAGCUCGGCGCUCCUGCAGCCGAGGAAAGGGGGAUGCUCCCCAUCCAUCGAGGUUUACGUAGCCGGGUGUUGUUCGGGAACGCCUGUGAUUUUGAUGAAGACGGUGUUGGUUAGCCCGCGGAGGAAGGCGCGGCAAGGACUGAUGCUUGAUGCAAUUCCCGAGGAUGAGGAGAUGGGCAAGGAACAAGGGAGUUUGAGUAAUGGGCUGGUCAGACAGCGAAAACUGCAGUUAAUGCCGGCUGAUAUGGAUGAUGAUGAGUCGGAGGGGAAAGCUGCAUACAGCUAUUACUCUGAAGAUAUGUAUCCUGGUGAAGACGGGCAGCUCUCGUGGUUCAAUGCUGGUGUAAGGGUUGGUGUUGGGAUAGGGCUAGGUAUGUGCCUCGGUGUUGGAAUUGGUGUCGGGCUGCUGAUGCGAUCCUACCAAGCCACAACCAGGGGUUUCAGGAGGAGGUUCUUCUAAUCCAGUCAUCCCCACUUAGAGAAAAAACGUAGGAGAUCACAUUGGAGAUGGAAGCAUACCACCACACCAUAACGCAGCUACAGAAGUGAGAGGCUCUAUUGUAUAUAGCAUACCAGGGGGUUGUUCACAAGUUGUCUCUCAUAAAAAUGGUGCUGGUGCUGCCUUGAGGGAGGGUGUCGUCGUCUUACAGUGUGUGUGCCACGGGGGGAAUGUUUGUGAUAUUAUUGGCCUUGUGUGAAGUACUCUUCUUGUGUAUCUUCCCUUUUACAUGUAUAUCCUCUAUUUUCCCCCAAAAGAUCAUUUUUGUGUAGUUCUUUUCUUUUUUUUCCCUUUUCACUCAGAAAGUCCAGAGAUGUUAAGCCAAUUUUGUUUCCUUCACUGUCCGAAUAAGUAGUAGCCAAUGCUGCUUUUGGUGUAGAGUUGUAUAUUUGUAACGCAUUGCUGUAGAGAGUUGGAUUGUGUUGUUCGAGAUCAA